AUGGCGAAUCAAGGAGCAAAGAAGCGAAAAGAUGAAAACACACGACACAUGGCCAAGCUCCGUCGAAUCAUCAUCGCUUGCAAUGUUUUCUACAUCAUAGUGAGGAUGCUGAUUUUCCAUUCGAGCUUUACCUGGACACAUUGGAUCGGUCUUGUGGUGACGUCGUUAGGCUACGGGCUUCCUUACAAAUGGCUCAAUCAAAUGGCAAAGCCUAGUGUUACUGAUGAUGGUGAACUUAUCGAUGGUGGCUUCGACAUGAGCACCGGUGGAAUCUGUGGAUAUUUGCACGAUGUAUUGUACAUCACCUGCUUUGUGCAGAUAGCAUCUAUCAUCUCUGGGAAGUUUUGGUACGCGUAUCUAGUGAUUCCUGCAUUUGGAGCGUACAAAGGUUCUAGUCUUAUUAGAGGAUUUAUGUCACAAGGUUCAGAGGGAGGUGUAGAGGAUGAGAAGACUCGCAAAAAGAGGGAGAAGAUGGAGAAGAAAGCUUCUAGAGGUCAAGUCGUCAGGACAAGAACACGAUAA